AUGGACGGCGUGCCGCGCGCGAACGAGUACCAGAGGAACCUCCUGCCGGGCGUCUCUGGCGGCUCACAGGGUAUAAUCGGCAGCGCGCGAAGGACGCUCCGGGCGCUUCUCUUCGGUAGACUGCACGUGAUAGACUGGAUCCUCUGCCUCGGGAUACUAUGCGGCGACCUGUACGCUGACGAGAGGAUAGAGCCGCACAAGCGGUACUACGAGGAGGACGACGCGACGUUGAUGUACCCCUUCAACUACGAACCGCUCCCGCUCGUGCCCAUCCUCAACAUCAAGAUCGAAACGGCCUGCAUCUUCCUCCUGCCGUGGCUGACCUUCGGCCUGUCGUCCUGCCUGUACGUGCUGCGGCGCAAGGGCGGCGCGGGGGACCAGGCAGCGCGCCUCCUGGCCGAAGCGCUCGUGCGCUUCCACCACGGCGUGCUCGCGACCUUCCAGGCCACGGCGAUCACGUCGCUCGUCAAGGUCUGGACCAUGCUGUACGUCGGGCGCGAGAAGCCGCACUUCCUGACUCUGCUGGCCAUGGAAGACCCCCCGGAGGACAAACUCCGCGACGCCCACGAGAGCUACCCCUCCGGCCACGCAGCCUACAUGUUCGCGGUCUUCACCGUCCUCGCGCUGCACGUCGCCUGCGCGCUCCGCGUCUUCGCGCCCGUGCACGACCGCAACGCCACACAGCAGCAGGACGGCGCCGCGGUCCCCGACGAGCCCCGCGCGCCGCGCUUCCCGACGCUGCGCCUCCUCGCGGUGCUCGCCACGCUCAGCCCCGCGUGGCUCAUCGCCAUCCACCGCAUCCGCCAGUACGCGCACCAUCCGAGCGACGUCAAUGCUGGAAUCCUAAUUGGUAGUUUCUCCGGGGCUAUAGCGUUCCUCGCGGCGUUCGAGGCGCCCUGGGCGACCCGAGCGGGCGCGCCUAGGGUGUGCGCGCUGCGGGGGCUGGCGCGAGAGGACGACGCGGCGAGCGAGGGCGAGCCUGCGUACCGCUACUUGCCACCGGUACCGCCACGCUCGUCGCUGCAGUACGCGCCGCCGCACGACUCGUCGCCGUCGCCGCCGCCGCGGGCGUGA